AUGUCGUCACCACCCCUCGUCCGCCUAUCCGGCAUCCCCCUCUCACGUCUUCCACCACCAGACGCGAGCCCGGAUGUCCUGACACCCUUUAUACACGACAUUCUGCGCGAGGCGCUGCCCUUUCUCAUCAGCGCCUCCUCUUCUCCCAGUGGUCCGGACCGGAAGCUCUGGAAACACAAGGGCGACAAGACGUCGCCGGACUCGACGGCCAAGGUGGAGGCCUGGGAGCGUACGGUUCACGUCGAGGGGGGGAAAGCAGGGGCUUCUUCUGGAGAAGAAGCCGGCAGUGGUGGUGGCGGCGGCGCCAAAAAGGAAAAGGAGACUUGGGCGCUGCGCCGAAGCGUCCACGAGGACCGCGCCGAAAAGGGCACGGCGAGCUGGGCCGAGUUCGAGGUCUGCUUUCGUCACCAGCACGCCGAAGCCGAAAAGGCCUUUACACCAAAUGUGCAGGGUACGCACGAGGCACUGGUGUGGGAUUGCUCUGGUGUGCCGGCCUUUUUUGAGGGAGGUGGAGGUGAUGACAAGGGCACAACAAUAGCAUGGGCGAAUUUUGGCCUCAAGGUCGAGGAGAUGCGACACAAGAUUGGCAGGCCAGUACUCAAAGAUCGUACGUUUCCAGUUUUACAGUUGACCGCAGGGGCUGUUGCUACUGCUACUGCGACAACGACAACGACGACCGGGGUAGGAGGAGAAAAUCAUCAGCCUCAACAAGAUUUCAUCGUCGUCAGUAUUCCCGUGCCCGACUUUGGGUCGAGUGAGAACAGCAAGCUCGCCAAGGAAAGCGGCGCCCAGGUCGCGCUCUACGUUAGUGUUGAGCGUAUCCGAAAGCUUGCCGCCUCUUCUUCUCCUCCCCAGCACGAUGGCGGCAACAAUAACGGCGGCAGUAUCGAGUGGAUCAUGGCGACGGCUAGCGACGCCGGUGGUGUACUGCCCCAGUUUGUGCAAAACGUGGCCAUGCCGGGCGUCGUGUGGAAGGACGUGCCGCUCUUUCUUGGAUGGAUCGCCAAGGAGAGGCAGGGCGGCCGGGAUGUCGCGAACGACGGGGUGACAGGCGAUAAUAGCAGAAAAAAGACCAAUGGAAAGUAA